GGUGUGUGUGAGGAUUGUUUACAUUUCCUGCAGCCCGUCAAAAUGAAUCCCCCGAUGAUCAACUCGACCAACUCCGUUUCAACGACCAAAAGUAAGAAUCCUUUAAGCAGCCGACGUAUUUUGUUGGUGGUUUAACCAGCAGCACAGACUCAGGAUGAGACAAACAGUCAUAUAGCUAGGUCAGCUAACUGUUAGCCGCUAACCUUAGCUGCAUUUGUUACAGAGCAGAAAUUGAUGAAUAGAUUGGUUUCAUUCAGUUAUUAAACUGUUCAGCCAUUCGUCGCUAAUUGCCCUGCGUGUGCAAUGACUUCCCGACUCUUUUGAAUGGCGGACAGUGCUAUCAGGCUAGCUUGCUGGCUAACCCUAAACUUUUCACCUGUUAGCUGACUGGUAACAUCCAGUGUCAGCUAAGUCUGAUUAGCAAGCGUGAGUGAAGUGAGGUUGUCAUCUCUGCUCCAGAUGGACAUUACAUGUCUAAACCAAAAAUAGCAGUAUCUCGGACUAAGUUAUGCUAUUGAAGCCUGUUGAUAAGUUGGUUAGUAAGUUUAGAUCCUUACUGCUGUAAUACCUGCACAGCUUGUUAUUCAGAGGCUACUUCUAAAAUUAAGCUCCUAAGGAUUUAGGAAGGUUUAUAUAUCAGUCUUUAGAUGUGCAGAUUUUGCAGAUUAUUUCCAUGUAGUUUGAAACAUUUUGUUCAUUUUCUUCCUUAUGAUCAGUGGGUGGGCAUUACUUUUUAAUUGUUGUUGUUUUCUGACCCUUGCACCUACGUGUAAUGUGCAGUUAAUUACGUUCCCUCUUCUAUAGUUUUGUACAAAGAGAGAUCCUUUGCGCAAUCAAAUCAGUGGUCAGUUCAUGAACCAUAACACUAAUCCACCAGCAUCAGCUGUGAAGUCGCUCGCUGUGUUUAGCUGUGUUUAUGCCUAUGCAGGAAAACGAGAAGCUGAGCGCUCAGUAAACUGGACAGUGGAGGAGACUCAGGUGCUGCUGUGCGCCUGGAGUGAUGAGCGCGUCCAGAAGAGUCUUGCAGAAAACCUUCGCAACCGCCAUGUCUUCAAGCACCUCUCGGCUCGCAUGAGCGAAAUGGGUUUCUCUCGAAGUCCACACCAGUGUCGUCUUCGGGUCAAAACUCUGAAGGCUAACUACGUGAGAGCCAAACUACAGAGGAGCGUCGACAGCUCGCAGCCUUGCACUUUUAAGUACUUUGCAGACAUGGAUGCUGUGUUGGGCCGGAGGUCAGCAGGAGGGGAGGGAGGGCCCUAUUUUGUUUCUCCAGAAAGGAUGGUGGAGCAUCACCUUGACUCCACUGACAGGUCAGGAAGUGUCCCACCAGAUUUACGUUCUAACUCAGAGAUUAGUGGACACCAUUUUGGUUCUCCGGGGACAACAGGAAGACAACGUCUGAGCUCUUUAGAGGAGAAAGGAGCCCGUCAGUCUUGGCAGCUGGACUCCCAAGUCAAGUUGGAGGACGGAGAAGAUUCAACAGAUGAGUUCGAGUUCAGCAAUACAGGAUUCCCACAGCAUCUGAGAGACCGCACCCCUCAAGAAAGUGGUACACUUGUGGAAAACAGCACAAGCACUCCUUCCCCACAUGUAGUACCACCUCCACCUGCUCCUUCUCCUCCCCCUCUUACCCAAUCCGCUACCUCUCCACUCCCUGCACCCCCAGAUCCAAGCCGGCACCACCCCGAGUCCACCUGCCUGGAACCCGUCCUGAAGCACCUGUCGGACUGCUUCCAGCGGCUGGUGUCGGAGACCCGGGGCCUGCUGGUGCAGCUGGAGAGUCAGCGGCAGGAGCAGGCCCGCUGGCAUCAGGAGCUCCUGGCCCAGUGGCUGCAGAGGGAGGAGCACCGGCAGAGGGAGAUGGCUGAGAGAGAGGAGAGGAGGGAGAAGGCUCGCAUGGAGCACGAGAUCAGAGUCCUGGAGCUCCUCACCAGUCUAGCCAGAGAACACGGGUGUAAAUGUAGAGGCAGCCAAACUGUAGCAGAGGCACCAAGUGGUACAAAUCAUACCAUGAACAAAGGCAGGGAUUAGAAUGUAUUCACACCAAGGCUUUUUUUGACCAGUGGUUAAUCCAAAGUGUGGAAUCAUAUUCAAGCUCAGGUGGAACCAAAUGAGGGCACUGAUAAUGCAAACUGUCUCAUGCAGGGCGACUUGGUUAAGGCCUCGGUGAUAUGGAGUAAAAUUUGAAUUGAAUCAAAUGCAGAUAAAGACCCUCAAAAUGAAAGAGUUUGUGAAUAUUGUAUGAUUGUUGACUGAGAGCCAGCAGUCAGUCACGCUCAGCUUUGAGGAGGAAAUUACAGUGGAAGUGUACGUCUGUGAGGGGAUUUGUUAAGUGUCAAGUACCUGUAACUGUACCAAAUGUAAUAGAACUGUUUCAUGCACUUUUAUACUAUAUAUUAAAAAUAGAUAUUUU